AUGGCGCGUCAAAUAGUACUGUUAUGCGGCGAUUCCUCCAGCGUCUCCGAGGCCCUGAUGGACCGCAGCGUCUGCACCGCCCAGUACAACGCCCCGGUCAGCCGACCCAGCAACAUGCCUGAGAUCUCCAACCUCGAGGUCAUGGGACUGGUAUUCUCCAAGGGGCAGUUCAACAGUCAAAACUGCGUGUACGUCAAACCUUACACGGGUCUCGGAGCGUACACCUUCGAUAUCUACUACAACAAGUGCGGGACCAAGCCCGACCUGAACGGCAAGUUCUACGAGAACACUAUCAUUGUCCAGUACGACAAUGAACUCAUCGAGGUCUGGGACGAAGCUAAACGUCUGCGCUGCGAGUGGUACAAUGAUUAUGAGAAGACGGCGACCAAACCCCCGGUGGUGAUCGCCGACCUGGAGGUCAUAGAGCUCAACUUCAGAGGAGACAAUGUGGAUUGCUGGAUGGAGAUUCAGGACGGCAAGGGUCCGUGGGCCAGUCCAGUGACCGGCAUUGUGCCGCUGGGAUCCACGCUGACCAUGGUUGUGGCCAUCAACGACCCCAACGCCGAGUUCGACAUGCGGGUGAAGGAGUGCGAGGCGUCGGAUGGCAAGGGCCGGCCCAUCUACCUCUCCGACCAGGACGGCUGCGUGCUGCGGCCCAAGAUGAUCAGCAAGUUCAUGAAGCUGCGCAGCAACGACGGCCGCUCCACCGUCAUCACCUACGCCCACUUCCACGCCUUCAAGUUCCCCGACAGCAUGUACGUGCACCUCAAGUGCAAGGUGGAGAUCUGCCGGUACGGCUGUCCCGACCAUUGUCAGAAGGCCGUGGCCGGCGGCUACGCGUCACCUAGCGCGCCGCUGGUCGCCGCCGGCUCCAACUACGACCCGGUCGUCUCCAACUCGGUGGAGGAGUCGCAGCCGGCGGCCGAGCCGCGCAAGCCGGUGGUGGUGCAGGCCAAGCUGGAGGAGGAGUACCAGGCGGCGCCGGGCGGCGGCGGCCACACCAUCCGCGGCAUCCCACUGCCGCUGCCGCCGCGCGACGGCAUCAACCGCAUGGACAUGCCGGCCGACCUGCCGCCGCUGCCGGCGCAUUACCAGCCGGUGCUGAUCGCACCAAGCACGCAUGAUGUCAUCGGCAAGCCGCAGGCGAUCCCGGUGCCGUUCAACACGGACGGUCGACACGCGGAGGCGGCGUCGCGCUCUGCCGCGGCCGACACGCCGGCCGAGGCCGUGCGAACCUCUGACGCCGGCCUGGGCGGCGUCGACCGCUCCGAGUUCCCCUGGGGACCGCGCAAGCUCAAGAUCCGGCGACGCCGCUUCGUGGUCGACGAGCCGGCGGCCAAGUCGGCCGACAUCGGCGUCGCCUCCACGCUCGAGGUCAUCUCGGAGAAUGACCUGCAGUUUGAGCCGACCUACGAGGACAACCAACGCGUGACCAUCUUCCAGGGCCAGAUCCGGGACGACAUCGUGUACGGCAUCUGUCUGCCGGCAGCCGGCUUCUCGGCACUGUUCGUGCUGCUAGCCAUGUGCGCAGUCAUCUCGGUGCUGGUGGCCGGCUUCCUUUGCCACCACAGGCAGGUGCAGAAGGACUCGAGUCGGCAGCCGGCAGCCGUGCCGCUGCGCGACUGGAACAUGGUGGGCUUCAUCCGACAACGGUUCCAGCCGGCGCACUGAGCCGGCCGUGCGCUCAAGCGAGCUGUCCUGCCGCACCCAGCCGUCCGUCACGUGACUCCGUCGGUGGCAGAGGCCGGCCGUGGCAGUGACCCCCCAUCGGCGGCGGCUCCGGCCUAGAAGCGGCGCUGGUCCUCUCGCCUUUCGAGCAUGCAACGCUGUCGUCCGGCGCAGUUGCUUUCAGGGGUGGUCCGUCCAGAUACGGCGCUCUCCAGCGGCCGGGCCGCCCCGACGCGGUGACCUGACGUGUCGGGGCGGGGACGCUGGGGCGACUGACACGUGAGACGAAGACCGACGUCAAAAUUACGCCCAGGAGCAGCGCAGCCGUAAAGACUGGCAGAGCCACCGGGCAACUGACGGGAGUGACUGGUUGAGGCAUCGGCCAGCUGACAUCAGUGACGCGGAGACGGACUCAUUGCUCACUCGCUGAUUGGCUGAGACAAGUGCAGUCCGCUUGUCUCAGCCAAUCAACACCUGGAAGGCUCAGGUGAUGUCCACCGUUAGCGACAUUACUUCAAGAUGCCUUUUGGGAGGAUGACACGGUUAGGUUUGAUCAUUAUGAAACGCCCUGAGACGUGAGUGAGUGGGACAGCACAGACGCAGAAGAAUGGUGCACGUGGACGAAUUCAUUUGCUCCUUGGCUUUGCCUGCAAUGCUUGCACUUCCGGGAUCGUUUACAUAAUAUUCUCGAUGAAUAACCCAUGAGAACAGAUUUAGUCCUGUGACUAUUGCAUGAUAAAUCUGAGCACAGGAUUAGGUACUAUGCUGUCUAUCAAGUUUUGUAACGACCAGUUAGGUAUAAUGGCGCA